AUGGAUGCGCAACUGCUGUCCCGGCUCCUCUUCCUCCUCCUCAGCUUCAUUAUCGUCUCCGGCGAGGCGGCCACGACGCUGGUCACCAGCCUCCCGGGCUUCGACGGCGCCCUCCCGUUCCACCUUGAGACCGGGUACGUGACCGUGGACGAGGAGCACGGCUCGGAGCUCUUCUACUACUUCAUCGAGUCGGAGGGCGACCCGCGGCGCGACCCGGUCAUCCUCUGGCUCACCGGCGGCGACCGCUGCAGCGUGCUCAGCGCGCUGCUCUUCGAGAUGGGCCCGCUGAGGUUCGUGAUCGAGCCCUACGACGGCGCGGCUGGGGCCGUGCCGCGGCUGCGCUACCACCCCUACUCCUGGACCAAGGCCGCCAGCGUCAUCUUCGUCGACUCCCCCGUCGGCGCCGGCUUCUCCUUCUCCCGGGACCCCAGAGGGUACGACGUCGGAGAGGUCUCCUCUUCGCUGCAGCUCAAAACGUUCCUCACCAAGUGGUUCACUGAGCAUCCAGAUUUCCUCUCAAAUCAUUUCUAUGUCGGGGGAGAUUCGUACGCCGGAAAGAUCGUACCAAACGUCGCGCAGAAGAUCUCAGAAGAUAUUGAGGCGGGACUGAAGCCGACAAUUAAUCUCAAGGGCUAUCUGGUAGGCAACCCGAUUACUGGUGAGGCCAUUGAUCUCGAUUCUAGAGUGCCAUAUCUUCAUGGAGUAGGAGUCAUUUCCGAUCAGUUGUAUGAGACAAUAAUGGAGCACUGCCAUGGGGAACGUUAUGACAACCCCAACCCCAAGAAUGUUAUCUGUGCUCAAGCUAUGGACAGGCUCAAGGCGUUGCUUGAAGAAAUUUACAACUCCCAAAUUUUGUAUAAAAAGUGCAAUUAUCUGUCUCCCACACCAAACGAUAAGACUACACAUGGCAGGAUCCUCCAACAAGAAACUGGAGCACUGAAACAUCCACCACCUCGGCCUCAAGUGGAUUGCCAUGGCUAUAUUACCUACCUGGCAUAUGUUUGGGCUAACAACAACAUCACACGGGAAAACCUUGGAAUCAAGGAGGGGAGCAUGGGCGAAUGGGUGAGGUGCCAUGAAAAAGACCUACCUUUCACCCAUGACAUUGAGAGCAGUAUAAAGUACCAUCGUAAUAUUACAUCAAAAGGUUAUCGUGCCUUGGUAUAUAGUGGAGACCAUGAUGCUGUUGUACCUUUUUUGGGUACACAGUCUUGGGUAAGAUCACUCAACUUCUCCAUUAUAGAUGAAUGGAGGGCUUGGCAUCUUGAUGGACAAUCCGCUGGAUUCACAAUAGCAUAUACAAAUAACAUGACGUUCGCCACCGUAAAGGGUGGUGGACACACUGCACCGUCAUACCAACCUGAGAGAUGCCUCGCAAUGCUUAGGCGUUGGAUUUCCAACGAGCCACUCUGA